AGUUCAGACAUCGGCUAAUAAGGAAUGUCUGAGAAUGUGCCUUUAUAUCAUUGUUAAAUCUCUUGUGAGGCCUCCACAGCUUCCAUCUGGGCCUGCUUCCCAGGUUAUUACGCAGGAAAUAAGUUUGCUGAUAAUCCCAUAUUAGGGGGGGCCGGAAUCUGCUUCUAUAUGCAUUAAAACCAGUCCAUGCCCAGCUGCCCCAGGCUGUGCCUCCCAUAUCCUCUGCAGACUCCCGGGGCAUCUGGAAUGCAGACAGCAGCUCCAGCUUUCUUGGCACGGACAUGAAACACAUUUAGUCUCGCCUUUAUCCCUCGCUUGUGGGUUUUGGGGGAGACUUGUCAAUGUUUUGGCAGAUUCUAGUGGCGGCCACUGUAACAGCCCCCUUGGGCAGCACUACAAGCCCUCCGAGUGUUAGCCCUGAGCUGAGCCAAGUAUGGGGCCCCGGGCUCAAAGCACAAGUAGUGCUGCCAGCACGUUACUUCUUCAUCCAGGCUGUGGAUACACAGGGGAAUAAUUAUACAUUUUCUGUGACAACAAAUGUGUUUCAAGUGAGGAUCACCGCACCUGCAGAGCAAUAUACAAGAGUGGGAGUCCAAAUCCUUGACACAAAAGAUGGUUUAUUCAUUGUCAGGUACAGAAUGUAUGCAAGCUACAGUGACCUGCGGAUAGAGAUUACAGCAUAUGGCAGACAUGUUGCAAAAUCUCCUUAUAUUCUAAAAGGUCCAGUUUAUAGUGAAGACUGCUACUGUCCUGAGCCAAAGAGUGACAUCUGGCUAGCUCAUAUGUCUUGUAAUGAGUCUAUUCCACAAAUUCAGAGGGAUCUGAAACCCUUCUCAGCUAUUGAUCCAGACAAGAUUUCUGUUGAGGUACCAGAAAGAUUUGGGCAGCGCCAGAGUUUGUGUCAUUACACUAUUAAGAACAACAAGAUCUACAUUAAAACAUAUGGUGAGCAUGUUGGCUUUAGGAUUUUCAUGGAUUCCCUUCUUCUUUCACUGACCAGUAAAGUAAAAGUUCCAGAUAUUGAAUUUUUUGUCAACUUGGGGGACUGGCCACUGGAAAAAAAGAAAACCGGAGACAUUCACCCUAUCUUAUCCUGGUGUGGAUCCUCUGAUUCUAAGGAUAUUGUAAUGCCUACAUAUGACUUAACAGAUUCUAUUUUGGAAACGAUGGGACGAGUGAGCCUAGACAUACUGUCUGUCCAAGCAAAUUGUGGCCCUAAGUGGGAAGAAAAGAAUAGUACUGCCUUUUGGAGAGGCCGUGAUAGCUGCAAAGAGAGACUUGAGCUUGUGAAGCUGAGCAGAAAGCAUCCAGAUUUGAUUGAUGCGGCCUUCACCCACUUCUUCUUUUUUAAACAUGAUGAAAGCCUUUAUGGUCCUAUUGUGCAGCCCAUUCCAUUUUUUGACUUCUUCAAGUACAAAUAUCAAAUACUAAUUGAUGGUACGGUAGCAGCUUACAGAAUGCCAUAUCUCCUUGCUGGAAACAGUGUCAUCCUCAAGCAAGAUUCAGUAUACUAUGAACACUUUUACAAGGACCUCCAACCCUGGAAGCACUAUGUACCUUUCAAAAGAGACCUCAGUGAUCUGCUUGAAAAAAUUCACUGGGUAAAAGAUCAUGAUGCUGACGCAAAUCUCAUAGCUGAAGCUGGAAGGGAGUUUGCAAGGAAUAAUCUCAUGGGGGAUCAUAUAUUCUGCUAUUACUUUAAGCUUUUCCAAGCUUAUGCAAGUUUGCAAAUCAGUAAGCCAAAAAUAAGAGAAGGCAUGAAAAUUGUGGAAUUCCCUUCAAAUGACUUAUUUCCAUGUGAAUGUAAAAGAAAUAUGGGGAAGGAUGAGCUAUGAUCCAGAACUAUUUAAUGAACCAUUAGGAUACACUUCACAAGUGUCAGUUUUAAUUCCAGAGGAUCUGAUAUUUAUAAGACAAUUAAACAAAUGCUUCUGUCAUGCUUUUCAAAUAAUUUCUCUAUUAAAAAUACAAUCCUUUUUAUAUGGUAUUGUCAGUAAGAUGUUUAUGUUUCAUAAGGGUAUUAGAAAAACUCAAAUUAUAGCUAUGCUAAAGAAUACCUGCUUAUAAGGCUAACUGUAUGUAUAUAAAUUCCAUAAGGCUUUCAAGAUGUGUCAGUAUGUGUAGGUAGUACAUACAGUAUAUUCAUAUAGUACUAAGUCAUUAUAUUUUAGUGACCACUUAAAUAAACUGAUAAAUCAGUUGAACUUUUA